AUGAAUUCCUCGACUAGUGAAAAGCUGAGAAUGUCCUCAUUUCGAACUAAUUCUGUAGCAUAUUCAACCAGUGGAGGGUUAAUUGGAGAUCACUGCCAAACUGGGAUCGUGUUUGGAAAAAAGGUCACCGUGAAAUCCUAUAUCCAGCGGCAUUUGAUCGAUAUCUCGCGGGCUGACAUGGGCUAUCUGAAGGAGCUCUACAACCUCAACCACGCCAACAUCAACCAGUUCGUCGGUAUCUCAUUUGAUGGCCCUUCUGAAGUCUUGGUUCUCUGGAAUUACUGCCCCCGACACAGCCUGGAAGACCUCUUCUUCAUCAAAGAACACAAGAUGGGCCGCAACUUUUUGGCCUCAUUUUUACGACAAAUUCUGAGGGGAUUACAUUUUAUACACAACUCUUCCAUUCGCUGCCAUGAACUAAUCCAAAAAAUCAUCGAUCCAGCCCUGGCGAUACCAUUUCGCCCGGCGGUGCCGGAAGAUACGGAGCAUACCUUACGGGCCUGUCAGCGUCCGACCUUAACAAAAAUCCAGGAUGCCGUCUUAAGAGAAUUUGGAGCGGAAGGCAAAGGAACACUAAUAGACUCGAUGAUUGCGAUGGUGGAUGAGUACUCGAACCAUUUGGAAAAUAUCGUCGAGCAGCGCACAGAAGAGAUUCAAACGUUGCAGAGCAAGACGGAGAACUUGUUAACGGUAGCAGACAACCUUCGCGAGGGAAAGCCGGUUCCUCCGGAGCUUCAUCAAUCGGCUUCCCUUCUUGCAGUAGAUGUCGGAGAUUUCACGGUGUUAUGCGAAGAUUCGACCCCUUUGCAAAUCAUUGAAAUGCUGAACAAGCUAUAUGGGAGAUUUGAUUAUAUUGUUGAGCAGUAUCGGGCUUUUAAGGUAGAAAAUGUGGGGGAUGCUUAUCUGCUUGUCUCUGGCAUUCCGAAAUUGGACCACCAACGACAUUUGGCUGAGGUCUGCAAGCUGGCGUUGAAAUUUCACCAAUACGCCCUCAACGAUUACCGUAUCCCGCAUCACCCAGAGAAAAAACUUCGACUAAAGAUGGGGAUCCACACGGGGCCACUUGCAAGUGGAAUACUGGGAAUCUCAGCACCGAGAUUUUGCGUUUUUGGCGAUACCGUAAACAUGACUUUUCGGAUGGCGGCCACUUGCGAGCCUGAUAAAAUUCAGCUGAAUGAAAGCACAGCUCGACUCAUCCAAGACCUAUUCCCGAAAAUUAUCGUGAAAGAAAGAGGCGUUAUCGAUAUUAAAGGAAAAGGGAAACAAACAACUCUACUAGCCUUGUUAACUUACCUAUUCUUCUUCUGGUCAAUCAGUAACGACCUGUAUGACUUGAAAGACGAGAUUACCGAAGGGCUACGGGAAUUUCAGCUCGACACUGAGGAUUCCUGGAAUAAGCUGAUCUCGUUGGAAUAUGAAUUCAAGCGAGCAAAAAGGGAUCCAGAGGAAAAAUUGUAUACCUAUAAAGCCAGGAUACCAGAGAAAGGAGUUCCUGGGAUUCCGGGAAUACCAGGAGCCAAUUGGGAGGCACCACCCAAGAUCGUGAUCCAGGAAUGCAUCCAGUGUCCGGCGCAACCAGGCCCGCCGGGACCGAGAGGUCGGACUGGACAGAUCGGUCCGCCGGGCGAACCGGGGCUGCCCGGCAUCACAAGACGACUCCCCGGACCGCCCGGUGAAAAGGGCGAACCCGGCCGUCCGGGCCCAGUCGGUCUAGCCGGUAACCGGGGAGCUCCAGGCAGGUACGAGAUUCGCUGGAUAUGCGCGAAGGGGGAGCCGGGAAUUCGAGGAGCUGCGGGUGAUAUUGGUUCUGAAGGCGUACCAGGUUUUCCUGGCGAGCCAGGACUUCGAGGAGGAGCUGGAAAAACUGGCGCCCCUGGUCAGAUAGGUCGAGCUGGACCACUUGGACCCCAAGGACCGGCUGGGAAUAUGGGAUGGACAGGCAAAACCGCCAAAUGCACUUGCCCUGGCCGCACUCCCGGGGUCCAGGGCAGCUUCAACAUCUCAGAACCCAACCCGCUCGUCGGCAUCGAGCUGGGCUACCCGAUCGACCUUGGGAAU